CAACUGAUGAAUCAACCUACAAUACAAACCGAGUGCGCCUUGCCAUCGGACGUAGCAUUAGCUGGGACGCUUAUAGUACACGUAGAAUUAGUGAGCGUGCGGGAUAUUUUUGUGAAUGCUAUGCUGACAUGUGUUGUGUAAAUGUUCUGAUGAGUGUGGUUUAGUGAGUUAUCAAUUAUAUACAGGGAUUAUGGUUUGCGGAACCAAAUGCGGCUGUAGUGCUUUUUGCCGUCGUCUUUUUUGCCGCGCCCGACCGUCGAGUAAUGCUAAUGAAGAGGCAAUACCAGUAACAUCGACCCAGUUAGCAGAAGCACGUGAUAUUAAAUUCACUCAAAACCUGAGGGAACCUUUGUCCAUAGGAUCUCAUAUUGUAUGCACAGGAACGCCUAGUGACGAUUUACCAUGGUUUGCAGUGAACAUAGGCAGUGGGAAUUCGGAGACAAGUCGCGGAGAUAUCGCCAUCCACUUCAACGUGCGCCUUCCGCAAUGCUACGUCGUACGGAAUACCCGGCGCCAUGAUAAAUGGGGAUCUGAGGAAACAACUGCAUACAGGUUGUUUCCUUUCAAGAUCAAUCGACCAUUCUCAAUUGAGGUUUUAGUUGACGAAAAGGAGACGCUAUGGGCAGUAGACGGUGAGCAUUACUGCAGUUUCGCACAUCGAAACCCGAGCCCUCUCAAUGCCGACUGGGUGCAAGUCACCGGUGUUAGAGAUGCUGCGCUGAAGAUACAAAAGACUGACAUUUACCCGACGCUGGCGCCAGCACUUAUUGAUGUACCAAUUAGAAGUAGUUCGUCGGCUUCAGCGAAAGAUGAACCAGCAUGGCGUCCGAAUGUUAUUGCUACUUUAACUAAUGGAAUACCAGAAGGACACCAAGUAGUUAUAGUAGGAAGACUCCGGCCACUCCUGCAUUCAUUUUCCAUUGACUUGAUGGACAGCGGUCGCGAGUGGCCGCGUGCGAACAUACUGUUGCACGCAAACGUUCGCGCACACGUCGAGUCUCAACUCGCGAGACAGCUCGUGGUACUUAACGCUUGGCUCGGCGCCUGGGGGCCGGAGCGACGCCAGCGGACUGCCAAACUAGUCCCAGGAACUAAGGCAACAUUCCGCAUAGUACGCGGGCCAGCCGAAUGGUCUGUGUUCAGCGAGGAUAUGCUAAUUGGGGAGCUAGAGUACCGUGCGGCGGCCAAUGGCGUGCGAGCGUUGCGCAUCCGUGGCGAUCUAUACCCGGACCAAAUAUACGUUUGUCCGGCUACAAAUUCACCGCAGGAAGAAAUAACCGCUACUUUUUAAGCUUUCUUCGUUGCUAAGUGUAUAUGUCAGCAUGAAAAAAAGUAUAAACAAAGUAAUGGCCCUGACAAACGACAAAAUCAACACCGACUUGUCUCAAAGCAGUGAAAUUUGAGCUUUAUACCAUGAGCAUAAAAUAGAUUAUUCACAAUUAUUGAUAAAACUUGUACGUGUACAACGUGAGGACCGUAUAUAAAACGCGCCAUUAAAGAAUAGAUUAAUAAAAUGCCCUCGUGUCGUUGUGUCUCAUUCGCACGUUCAUGUAUUGUGCGAAGGAGAUAGCUUGGGCCUUUAAAUGUAUUCUUUCACGCUCGCAGGUUCUAAUACCUUCACAAAAAUUGUGAAAAAUUACUUUUUUCAUUGAUUAUUGUAGCGAUAAUGUGACUGACUUUUUUUUACUUUUCUUAGUAUGUAAACAAGCUUUUUAUUAGGUUUUUUUAUUGUAAA